GAAAGCUGAAUAAACAUGACAAGGUGUAGAAAGAAGUGGACAUGCGGGUUAUUGAGACAUUACAAAAGCCACCGUCCCUCCUCACCUGCAUCGACAUAUCUUCCGAAACCUUAAGAUUGAGAGCAUCAAGAACAAAGCCGCCCACAGACACGUUCAUCCCUCCAGCAUUAGACUUCACGACCAACUCCUCCAACGACAUCACCACACAGACACACACAAACCACCCAAGAUGGCACCCUCAAGAUACGCCGCCGAGGCCGUGGACCCCAAACCCCUCGCCGAACCCCUCAAAUUCGCCUUCUCAGGCAAAGUCGCAAAGAACCGCUUCCUCAAGGGCGCAAUGACGGAGCGCCUCUCGACCUGGGACCCCAAAACCCCGUCCAAGCGCGGCAUCCCCACCCCCGAACUCAUCAACCUCUACCGCCGCUGGGGCGAGGGCGAUUUCGGCGUCCUGCUCUCCGGCAACGUCAUGAUCGACUACGACCAGCUUGAGGCCGCGGGUAACCCGAUUAUCCCGCUCGAUGCGCCGUUCGAGGGCGAGCGCUUCGAAGGCUUCCGCAAGAUUGCCGAGGGGGCCAAGGCGCAUGGCAGUCUGUUGCAUGCGCAGCUCAGUCACCCGGGAAGACAGGUCGAGCAGAAGAUCAACCCGCACCCCAUCUCGGCGAGCGAUGUGCAGCUCGAGGGGGAUGUCAUGGGUAUGAGGUUUGCGAAGCCGAGGGCGAUGGAGAAGGAGGAUUUUGAAAAGGUGAUUGGUGGGUUUGCGCAUGCGGCGGAGUAUGUCUACAAGGCUGGCUUUGACGGAGUCGAGCUUCAUGGCGCACACGGCUACCUCCUCGCGCAAUUUCUCUCGCCGACAACAAACAAGCGCACCGACCAGUACGGCGGCUCCCUCACCAACCGCGCGCGCAUCAUCCUCGAAAUCGCCGACGCCAUCCGCGCCCGCGUCCCCGACCCGACCUUCAGCAUCGGCAUCAAGGUCAACAGCGUCGAGUUCCAGGACGAGGGCUUCUCCACCGAAGACUGCCGCGACCUCUGCUCCGCGCUCGAGGCCGCCUCCUUUGACUUCGUCGAGUUGUCCGGAGGAACGUACCAGUCCCUCGCGUUCGAGCACAAGCGCGAGUCCACAAAGAAGCGCGAGGCCUUCUUUUUGGAUUUCGCUGAGAAGAUUAUCCCGCAGCUCAGCAAGACCAAGGCGUAUGUCACGGGCGGGUUGAGAACUGUGCCUGCCAUGGUGGAGGCGCUGAAGACGGUGCACGGAAUCGGGCUGGCGAGACCUGCGUGUAACGAGGUUGAUUUGCCGCGCAAGAUUAUCGCUGGCGAGGCGUCGGCUGCGAUCGAGACGUUGUUGGGGGAGCAGGAUUUCGGGCUGACGAAUAUGUUGGCCGGCACGCAGAUGAGGCUCAUCGGACGGGACCAGGAGCCGUUGGAUGUGAGCAAGGAGAUGUAUAAGGAUGUGUUUAUGAAAUCGCUGGGCACGUGGGCGGACGCGAUGGGGAAGAAUGAGGAUGGGAGCAAGUUUGGGUAUAUUGACAUUGAGGGGUUGGAUUUGCACCCCUUUGGCAAGCCGUACGUUGCUUAGAGUCUAGAUAGGUGAUGGGUGCAUACUGCUCGGCGUUGGAUGAUAAGAGUUCUAGAACAGAUCAUUUAGUUAGUAAAAUCAGUCAAAUGAGUCUUGAGUACUAGCUGGUAGGUGAUGAUUUUUGAAAUGUAGUGAUUCCAGACAUUCCUUGAGUAACAUUCAUGUGAGAUGUCAGCAUGGUCCCUCGAUGGUAGUUGGCUGCACACACAGACGGGGUCCCGGGAUACAUCAGACCAUCAACAUCAGACGCGUCGAAUCAUGCGCGGGAGUCCAAGUACCCAAACUCAAUGGACAUGCCACACGUUUCCUUGUUCUGGCGACUUUCUCGUGAUGGAAAGUGACAUCAAAAGUGCUGGAACGUAGGAUGCCUUAGUGAGUGGAAAG